GCUCAGGCAAGACCACACAGUAAGUUGGUGCCCCCAAGACAAAUAUUCUCCCUUGUCAUUUUGAACACUCGCUUAUAGACUCUUUUUGUCACUGAUAGAAUACCCCAGUUCGUCGCCUACUCAGACCUUCCGCAUACCAAGAACAAGAUGGUGGCAUGCACUCAGCCUCGCAGAGUCGCUGCCAUGUCUGUGGCUAAGCGUGUAGCGGACGAGAUGGAUGUCCAACUCGGUCGACAGGUCGGUUACUCGAUACGUUUCGAAGAUAUGACCGAACCCGGCACUACCUUCCUCAAAUAUAUGACUGACGGAAUGCUGCUCCGCGAAGCCAUGAAUGACCCUGACCUCUCCCGCUACUCAACCAUCAUCCUCGACGAAGCCCACGAACGUACCCUCGCUACCGACAUCCUCAUGGGCAUCCUUAAAACCCUUGCACACCGCCGUCCAGACCUCAAGCUCAUCAUCAUGUCCGCCACUCUGGACGCGCUCAAAUUCCAGAAGUACUUCGCUGUCUCUGGCGACGCCCCUGCUCCGCUCUUUAAAGUUCCCGGUCGUACCCAUCCCGUCGAGGUGUUCUACACCCAGGAGCCGGAGCCGGACUAUGUCGAGGCCGCCAUCCGCACUGUGCUUAUGAUCCAUCGCGCCGAGGAUCCAGGAGAUAUCCUAUUGUUCCUGACGGGUGAGGAGGAGAUAGAAGAUGCAUGCCGCAAGAUCAAGCUCGAGGCGGAUGACCUUGUCAACUCUGACCCCGAGUCUGUAGGCCCCAUCGCGUGCAUCCCUCUGUACUCGUCACUACCGCCGCAACAGCAGCAACGCAUCUUCGACCCGCCGCCGAAAGCAGGCAGUCCGGAUGGGCCCCCAGGACGCAAGGUUGUAAUUAGCACGAACAUCGCAGAGACGUCGCUGACGAUCGAUGGGAUCGUGUACGUUGUCGACCCAGGGUUUUCCAAGCAGAAAGUGUACAACCCGCGUAUCCGUGUGGAGAGCUUACUCGUCAGCCCGAUCUCCAAGGCGUCGGCACAGCAGCGUGCGGGCCGGGCUGGACGAACGAGACCGGGUAAAUGCUUUAGGUUGUAUACGGAGAAGGACUUUAUGUCGGAGCUCGAGGAACAGACACACCCAGAAAUCCUGAGGAGUAAUUUGGCGAAUACGGUGCUGGAGCUUGUCAAAGCAGGUAUUAAGGAUUUAGUCAAGUUUGAUUAUGUGGAUGCGCCGGCACCAGAGACGUUGAUGAGGGCGCUUGAGCUGUUGAAUUACCUCGCGGCCUUGGAUGAUGAUGGCAACCUCACGGCAUUGGGGAAUUUGAUGGCUGAAUUCCCUCUAGAUCCACAGCUCUCGAAGAUGCUGAUCGUCAGCCCAGAGUUCAAGUGUAGCAACGAGAUCUUGACGAUUACUGCGAUGUUAUCAGUCCCGAAUGUAUGGCUACGCCCGAAUAACCAGCGAAAAGAAGCGGAUGCUGCAAAGGCACUGCUUACCGUUCCUGAUGGCGAUCACCUAACGCUUCUUAACGUGUACAACAACUACACCCAAAACAAAUAUGAGAAAAACUGGACCUGGAACAACUACCUCUCCGCUCGGGCGCUCAUGCAAGCAGACAAUGUACGCGAGCAGCUGAAACGGACGAUGGAACGGUCUGAGGUAUUGUGCUGUGGGUUUUUCAUGCAGGUUGCGCACAAGGAGGGAGAAAAGGGGAACUAUAUGACCUUGAAGGAUAAUCAGGCCGUGGAGCUGCAUCCAUCAUGCGGGCUGGACACGAAGCCGGAAUGGGUGAUCUUCAAUGAGUUUGUACUCACGACGAGACCUUAUAUACGGGUUGUCACGGAUGUGCGACCCGAUUGGCUCCUCGAGUACGCGCCCUUGUACUUUGAUUUGAACAAUUGGCCAGACAGUGAGACAAAGCGUGCGUUGCUGAAGGCUGGGAACAAGCAGGGGAAGUUCGGGGCACGGUUUGGGCAGGCGGAGGCAUCAAAAGAGGGAGAGAAUUCGGCGAAGAGGAGGAAGAAGAACAAAUAGUACCAGUAGGGGUAGGAUAGGUACUACGGGGUUCACUUUCGCUUACUAUGCGUACUCUAUAUUAUUUUCUUACGAUCUAGAAUGUAUGUGUUACCUCUGAAGCUUGACAGGCUAUAAUCUUUGGGUGUCUCCGCAGUUGAGCAUCACAAAGUAUUUGGGUAUGUUCACUGCAAUCGGCUAUCAUAGCGUGUAUUCUGCUCGCCAGUACUUAACUCCGUAGAUUUUCACCUUCUACUUGGCAGCCAAGGAGAUUAAUGUAAUUCUAUCGUGUCUGGAAUAAAC